UGCCACUUGUGACUCUAUCAAGUCACUCCUGCAACCGAGAGAUGAACUCUGAAGCUCCCUCUCCCACGGAGAUCUAGGGAGGGCCAGAGGAGUGAUCUGUGGAGGCAAGGAAAGAGAGAUCGAUGGAGUUUGCUGUGGCGGCAUUUAGCGCAGUAGCUGCCGCCGCCGUGUCGAAGCUAAGCGGCGUGAAGGGGAGGCCGAACGCUGAUGCUAGGAGCAUCAGUGACGAUCUCAGCUCGAUCAAAGCUACCAUGCUAGACCAUGCUGAUGAUGUCCUCCGGCCUAUGAGUUUCCUGCGGGCAGAAUAUUUUGCGCAACUGAGGGCCUUGGCAUGUGACAUCGAAGACUGUAUAGACUGCUUCAACGCCAAGAUGAUGACUGAUGAUGAAUUUGCCACCAAAAUUGCCGGACUCAAGGAGAGAUCAACUGAAACGACUGAUCGGAUAAAGAGGUUCGGCUUUAUUCCUCCUGCACAAGGGGCUGCAGCACAAGAGGCCGCUGUUGCUGUCCCCGCAGAGAUCCAUAAUCUUCAUUCUUCGAUGAAGGGUAAUCGUCAUGGUGAUUACCUCAACUGCUUGCUAUAUUUCUGCUUGUUCCCACCUAAUUAUCAUGUGAGGACUAAGCCCCUCAUUAGGAGAUUGACCGCUGAAGGGCUAGUAGGAAGAGAGCAAGCCGCAAUUAACAAUUUGGAGAAGUUCAUUGAGUCUAGUAUCAUCAGAUCCACCCGGACAAGCAACAAUGGGAAGGUGAGGGGAUUCCAAACUACCUGCGACGCGAUUCGACAGUACAUCUCGCAACGAUCCAUAUCUGAGAAUUUCAUACUGUUAUGUGAUGGUGCGGCCGAAUUGCCGGAGGAACAUCCCCGCAGGCUGUCUGUGUAUCCUUGUGCAAAUGCCCAACUGAAUUUGCCUCAGAGUUUAUCUCUUCUGAGGACACUGGCUAUAUUUGCUACUGGUGAGGUGGAUCCCGCAAGUUAUGAAGCUCUUUUAGAGUUUUCCCAGUAUGGAUUGCUGCGGGUGCUGGAUCUGAAAGAAUGUGAUCACCUGAGCGAUGGCCAUAUCCAGGCUAUCUACAACCAGGUGCUGAUGAAGUACCUGAGCAUCAAAUCGGGCAUCAUUGACCGGGUUACAAGGGAAGUCGGGAACCUGAAGCAGUUGGAGACACUCGACCUGAGCGGGAGCCAGCAGUUAGUGACGGUGUACAAAGAGGUCCUGCUGCUGCCCAAAUUGAAGCACCUCCUUGGCAAGUUCCAGCUUUCGAGAACCGAUACCUUUUCUAUGCCUGUAUUGGGAUGGUUUCACUCGGAGCUAGAGCAGUUCCUGAGUGGUAAUAAAAGUAUGCUAGAGACGCUAGCAGGAUUUGUCACCGGCAAGAGAUACGGAUUUCCGCAACUGAUGAGUCUCAUGAAACGACUGCGGAAGGUGAAGAUAUGGUGCAAAUCUGACGCAAGUCCAGAAAACCUGGGUGUUCUUUCAAGCGCCAUUAUGAAAUUCAUUCGUGAUGGCACCGAAGCGCCUCAUCUUAAGCGGUCCCUAUCAAUCGACUUCGAAGCAUGCUCGAGAGAGUUCGUGGGUGAAAUAGAGGCAGUCGCGGGCAAGCUCGACUCGCUUAAGCUGCGCGGCCAACUAAGGAGACUCCCCCUGUUUGUUGUGGAGCUAAGCGCUCUCGAGGAGCUGUGCCUUUGGUCGACUGGUCUGAGUUGGGAGGUUAUUCGAAAAGGGCUGAGCUUCGUGGGGGGGCUAAAAUAUCUCAAGCUUAUUGAAGACAACCUUGGGCUCAUCGACAUAUGGAAUGAUCACCUCAUAAGCAUUGAACGGUUAUCCAUCGUGUUCAAUGAUCCAAUGCUAACAGACAUAACAAUCCAAGAUGGCGCUCUGCCUUGUCUUGUGUCGCUUCAUAUCAUCUGUCCAUUCCUUCUUCCUGGAAGAGCACUUGGUAUCAAAAUCGCACACAUGACUCAGCUGAAUGAAGUAGCACUCCAUCCUGACAUCGACGUUGAAAUAAAAGACGAAUGGCAACGUGUUGUCGACGGCCAUACAAAUAGGCCCGUACCCAUCCUUUUGUCCAUUGAAGGACCCUGAUCAAUAAUGCAUACCUCAUCAAACAAGGUUAGUCCUCUACUCUUCUCCUCUCUUGUCUCCACUCCAAGUAUCUUCCAUUUGAGCCAAUUAAUUAGAGCAUAUCCACUCUUUAACUAUGUAUGUGCACUCGGCGCAAAUCAACAAUGGAGCAACCUCCCGUGUGCAUUGCUGCCAACUUAAGCUGAAUGCUGCUUCUCUCCUUGUGUUAUGGUUUUCUUCUUAAUGUUACUAUUAUAACAGGGUUUACCACAUGUUGUUCAAUUUACUUUCUCCAAAUAACUACUUGUCUGUGUACCGAUUGUUGCUUGCAUAAUGUUUUAGAGAGACGACUCCUUACUCUUGUUGUACAUCUUAUUGUAUAC